AUGGAGCUUCCACAGCCACCACAGGAUCAAGAUCUGCGUAACAUAAUCGACAAACUUGCGCAGUUCGUAGCAAGAAAUGGCCCGGAAUUCGAGAAGAUGACCAAAACCAAACAAAAAAACAACCCUAAGUUCAGUUUCCUCUACGGCGGGGAGUUUUUCAACUACUACCAGUACAAAGUGACGACAGAGCAAGCAAUUCUAAAGCAAUCGGCCGGUGGCCAGGCGGCACCCGCUCCCGGGGCUUAUAUGGCACAGAACAGGCAAUAUGUAAUGCCCCAACAGGCCAGCGCAACGCCGCAGUUGGGCCUGGCAGCGACGAUGGCGGCGGCACCGGCGCUGCAGCAGUGGCUUGCGGCCAACUCUACGCCGCAGCCUCCGCACUCUGCAGACAUCGACAACGUCAAUGCCCAGAUCAACAUCCUUAAAGAACAAAUUACUCAAUCGGAAAAUAAUCUCAAUGCCCAGCAUACGGUAUUGAUACAGCAACAGCAAGCUAAAAUUAAUGAGCUGGUGAGCAAGGCCCAGGUAGAAACAAUACAAAUAAUGUCAGAAGAAAACAACAUAAGUCUCACAGAACUUGAUAGCAUCUUGCAGCCAAUAAUUGACACUUGUACUAAAGACAGUAUAUCUACAGGUAAAGGAUGGAUCUUACAACACGCAACUUCUAAUGAGGCAGGGAAGGUGAUAUCACAACAUCUGCUAAGAAAAGUCACUCAACCUGGAGCCGCCUUUACCCAAAAGCUGCACAUCAUUUACCUUGUCAACGAUGUUUUACAUCACUGUGCACGCAAAAACGCUGAAGAUCUCAAGAAAAAUUUGGAAAAUGUGGUGGUUCCAAUGUUUUGCAAUGCCAGUAUAGCUGUGACCGAGGAACAAGAAGCUAAGUUGAAUAAGCUGCUUCGACUGUGGGAGUCUAAGUCUAACUACUUUGACUCAGCUGUCAUUGAGAAAAUGAAGACCCCCACCACUUCGUACCAGGAGUACCAGAACAAUCUGAUAGCGCAACAUUCUAACGCCAUUGCUCAUUUAUCACAACAAACCAAAGCCACAUUUGAGAAUUAUCAAUCUCAGCACCAAGCGUUUGUGGCUCACACAAUGCAACAAAUACAGCAGAUGAAAAUGCAAAAACAUGCACUGGAAAUACAAAAUAAUCAUGAACAUAAUAAGGAAAGUCAACCACCAAUACCAAACCAAUUUCAAAGCAAUUUCAAUGAUCCAAGCUAUCCACAUUAUGAUCAAAAUUUCAAUUCAGGCCAACAGUAUGGUAGCGAGAGUGGGGACAACUAUCCUUCAAAUAAUAGCAUUAGUGGAAACGAAAAUAGUUAUGAUAGUCAAACCUUUGAUCAAAUUACGAAUCAGAAAAAAACAGAAAUAGAAGAACCAGACUUAUCAAAUCUGCCAAAUGUAAAUUUUUCACAACCGCCACCCGGUUUUAAACCUUCAGAAAGUUCUUUGCUAGCAUUCCAAAACGGUCUUCCCGAUCUCAGCAAACCUCCACCAGGCUUCGUUCCCUUCCCGGAAAUCAAUAAUGAGGACUUAAUGCCCUCUGUACCAUACUUUGAAUUGCCUGCUGGGUUAAUGGUACCACUUAUUAUGCUAGAAGAUGAUAAUUACAAGCCGCUGGACCCGGCCAAGAUCCGCCUGCCGCCGCCCGCGCCGCCCAACGAGCGCCUACUGGCCGCAGUCGACGCGUUCUACGCCUCGCCCAACCACGAACGGCCGCGAGACAACGAGGGAUGGGAGAAACUAGGAUUAUAUGAAUACUACAAAGCCAAGAACGCAGCUCGAAAGAAUAAAGAGGAUGCAAUAGCUCAAGGAGUAAGAGAGAAGUCAAAAUCACCGAGCCCUAUACCUAAGGACCUGCAGAAAAUGCCAACACCCCCUGGACGUAGAUACAGAUCGCUGAGCAGGACACCUGAGCAGUCGCCAAGGAAGUCCAAGUCGCGGUCGCCCUCGCCGCGGCGCAAGACUGCGUGGAGGCGGGAACGCGAUAGAGACACAGGUCGCAGAAGGUCCCGGUCGCGGUCGCGCUCGCGCUCCCGCAGCCGCUCCCGGGAGCGCGAGCGGGAGCGCCACCGCGACUCGCCGCGCUCGCGACGCGUCGAGCGCUCCCGCUCCCCGACGCCGCCCAGCUUCCUUAGCGGCAGCACAUACGCGAGCACGUCAGGCGGCAUCGACGCGAGCAACAAGGGUCACCAGCUGCUGCAGAAGAUGGGCUGGAGCCAGGGCGGGCUGGGCGCGGCCGGGCAGGGCAUCGCCGAGCCCAUCAGCGGGGGCGCCGUCAGGGACCGACAUGAUCAGUAUAAAGGUGUUGGAGUAAAUUUAAACGAUCCCUAUGAAAACUUCAGAAAGAACAAAGGUGCAGCAUUUAUUACGCGGAUGAAAGAACGGGCGCUGGAGCGGUCGACG